AACGGUCUGGCUUUUCAGGAUGACCGCUUGAUUGCUCUUGUUUAUAAUCCUCCUUCGUCCAGAUGCGGCUCCGUGUAGAAGAGAUGAAUAAACAAGGGGAUUCCGGAGACCUUAGCGGUAGGCUAACGUCAUGAUUGUGUACGAAAUUGAGAGGAUAGGGUAUAAUACAUUAAUAUAUAAACCCCUUUUCUUCUCUACAAAUCAACCCAUAUCCUCAUCACCAUUCUACCAUCCUCUUCUUUUCAUUCUUCACAAUGUUUAAAUCACUCAACUGGACCCUCGUCUUGGCAAGCGUGAUGGCUGUUGCCAGUGCUGACAAUUUGCCGGCGGAUUACAAGACAAGUUACAAGUAUUACAACAUGCAAGUGAACCGUCUUGGUAUCGAUUACAAAGAUCAAACGUUCCCUUGUUUUCAACCAAAUGCACGUUGUUUGACAGUACACAACCCUGAAACCCAAUUUGACAAAUAUGAAAUUAACGUGAUCGGUGAUGCACAUGCUACUUGCAAUAAGAAGUACCGUACUGGUCAUGGAGAUGUUGCACAUACCGUUUAUUCAGGUCGUUGCUUUACCACAGAGCCAACUGUUUAUUUGAUCACUUGUCGUUCUCCUCCAAAUGAUCCUGAUUUCACUCAAGGUUGGAUCACAGUUCAUAAUGAAGUCGAUCAAACUUAUUUCUGGGCAAACAAUGGAGCAAAAGCACGUUUCCAACAUGCUGACAACAACAGCGUUCAAGAGAAUCCAUUCUUGAUGCAUGAUGUUCAAAAACAAGCCAACCCUGAUGUUGAAGUUUACUGCCCUACUUCAACGAUGUAAGCUCGGCUUCAAAUGGUCAGUACCUAGCAAUGAUCACAUAUAAUGAUUCUAAAGUCACCUCAACAUCGUAAUUUCAUUUCAAUUUUUGUCUUCAUCGAUCGUACCUCCAUUGUUUCGUUCGUCUUCCUUCAUAGUUCUUGUCAUGUCAUAUCACGUAUAAUGAUCAUUUUGAUGUGAUUUCAAAAGAGUGAUAAUAGCACUUUAGAGUAUAAGAUUCUUGUGUCGUAGCACGUUUCAAACUUCCACACCACCAAGAAUGGCCCGUCGGAGGUAAAGUGCUAAGAUGUCAUUAAAUCCG